AUGCUGUCCAUUCAACUAUCUUUGGUAGCAUUUAUUCUAUUUCCCAGUUUCUGCUAUGCACAGUAUUAUUACGACGAUGAUUCCUCGUCGAAAUCGGUGAGUUAUUGCAUGUAGUUAGGAAAGAGGUUGUUGCUUGUUUAUAGUAGUAGAACUAUAUUGUAACGAUUUUGCCUCAAUUUAGCCCCAUACUUGAAUGCUCCAAUCAUAUAAUUUUUACUUUCUUUCGCGAUUCAGAAUCAUUUAAAACCACGUUGACUGAACGUGGAAUCAAGUCUAAAUGAAAUACUGUAAACGUUAUUAAUGCCAGUUGUUGCUUCUCCUUUCAGUGCGGCUGUGACAAGAUUUCGAAAGGCUGCGUUCCAGAAGUCCCUGGUAAACCGUAUACAUUAACCGUAUAUCAAGGCCCAGGUCCCGUAGGUCCUGCCGGUCCUGCUGGCCCAAAGGGCGAUCAAGGAGCUAAAGGGCCUCCAGGAACGCCCCGCAACAUGAACUGGAAGCAGUGUGUUUUCAACGGACUUAGUGAACCUAAAGACCUUGGCUUGAUAAAGGUAAUCUUUAAAUGCGAUCAUUAAAGUGGCUGAACACUGUUUCAUAAUUAGGUUACGAUUCAUUUAGGGUAUUAUUUAAGACUCGGUUGCAUUGCAGAUAUAAAGUUCAAAUUUGACAUGGCCAAACUGAAUUAAGACGGAAUCCAUCAGGAAAAUGAGUAAGUUUUAUUUUCAGUGACAAAAUCCUUGUAUCAGAAUAAUUUAAAGCAUAUUUCAUUCUUUUUAACAGUUUACAAGGGCUAUAGAUGAUGCUAUUAGUUAUUUGUAAUAAUACUAAAGAAAAUUUCUUAUAACUGUGAAAGGUUUAAACCCAGGAGUCAUUUCAAAAGUAGGUUGAGUUUGAUCGUCCGGGUGAACGUAGACCUGAAUAGGACUGUUAGUUGUUGUUGAAAGUGACUGACGUUUCGACAACCUGUGCAGUAGACACCUUCAUUUUUUUGGGCUCCCAUAAAAAAUUUUGUUUGGUGUUAGCAGAUAACCAAUUACAUCCAUAGCCACUGAAAAGUGUAAAAAAGAAGGCAAUAUGCUUUAAAUAAUUAUGGUACAAUAUUUAUGUCCACUGAAAAUUAAAAUUACUCAAUUUUCUUGCCCAUGGAGUCUGUCUUAAUAGCAACAACAACAGCAUAAACGAGGGGCACCGAUAGUCAAUUUUCGGAAAAACCGAACAUUAUGGCGCGACAUAAUGUAAUUUAUAUCGAGGCGUGGUACGCACGUGAUAUUCCGGUGGGGUUGGCUUGUACCAGGCACGGAUUCGAUACUAGCAUUAGUUUGGCCAAUCAGGUUUAAGUAGCUCACAUGCCUAGUAUAUGAAAGACAGUUCCAGCGAGAUAUUUUUCCUUCCACCUCUCGCCAUCAGAUUAAACAGAUCCCAGAAAAUUUCUUAUUGCUACCUCCGGGGAAUUAGCUCUUAACUGGUUUCUCAACAAAGCUCGCCCCUUUUAAGUGGGUCGCUUAAGAUCAUAUUUCACAUGAAAACACGGCUCGAUAUAAAUAUCUGUUUGGAAGACGAUUUGAGAUCUGGAAUUCUUGGAACAUUUGUUGAAAAAUUUCUUGCUUGCCUACCUCUAGUAGGAUUUUCGAACACCUAAAAAAUGGUGUAAUUGCUCAUUUUUAACGGAUUUUUACCCUAAAAAGGUCACCUAGAUUUUCGGGAGCCUUUUUUCUCGCUGAAAUUUCGAAAAAGGAAAGUUUUGAUCCCUAUACUUUUCGGAUCACUAGAUUUUCAGCUAGGGAAUCCGAACAGAUGAAAAUUUUUUAGGGGAUAAAAUAUGUCUAUAUACUAAAAUACGUUUAUUCUCGUUGGAUGCCCUUAAUAAACAAAGGCUUCCAAGGGAAUUUCGCAGUAGCAUUGGACCAGGUUUCUUGGUGGGGAAAAUGGGAAAAUCAUAGGCGAGCUAGAGCUAGCCCUUUCCUUCACCGUCUCUUAUUAGUGAACUUAUGCAACAGGACGGGAGAGGAAACGCAAGGGCAAAACUUGUGUGACAAGCUUGACAAUAAUUUUGUUUGAGAAAAACCUCCCUCCAGCUGGCUUCACUUUAAUUUUCUUUAAACAGAUCUUUUUGUAAAGCUAAGUUCAAUGAAACAGGAAUAUAUCUCAUAUUGGCAAAACACCCUUCAACAUUCUCAAAAUCUUGAAUUUUAUAGGUUUUUUUAAAACGCGAUAAUACCACCUCUAAUUGCUAAGACUUAACAAGAGAAACAGCUGGGAGAAGGGCUUUAGUAAAACUACAAAUAAGCAAUCACAAACUAAUGAUAGAAUUGGGUAGAUACAAUCAAACUACGAAGGAUAAUAGGCAUUUCCCUUUUUGUGGAUCCACUCUAAUAGAAGACGAAGUUCACUUUCUUUUUCGCUGUCCUACACAUACUCUAUGAUUAGAAAUAAUUUUUACAAUAAAAUCAAGACUCUGAUUCCAAAUAUUACCAGUUACCUGUAAACGUUUUAAACAAUGAGCUGAUGAACUCCUCUAAUUACUUUAUCAAUAGUGGUAGUGUUCACUGUCACGCCAUCAAAAUUAAACUUUGUGGAAACCUUUCAUGAUACAGAAAGUCUAGAAUCUGGGAAAUGAGAGAAGAUAAAUUUGCAAUAAGCCUUGUCAAGAAUCAGGACUGUGCAAGGUUUCAUAUUCGGAAAAACGUUUUACCCAAAUUUAGAAAGCUUUGUAUGGAGACGCCAUGUUAGUGUCCCUUUCAGGGGCACAAAUAUGGCCACCGGAAACCAGCAGAAACAUCUGUUUUUGAGCUUUCCUACUAAUGCGUGAAUUCGUCGCUUGAGGAACUCAUAAAGAUUAACGUGAUAUUUAUUCUGAGGCAAGGAAUGUUUAGGUAGCAAAAUCUCCCAAAAUAGGUAAUGUUUUCAACCCACAUAAGAGCCCGCAGUUCGCUUCAGCUAGGUAGGUACUUUAAGUAGGGUUAUUAAAGUGUAUCAAGAAAUGUAUAAAAGUAUAAAAGCAUCGUGCCAUAUACUGAUUUGUAUUACCAUGUGUAGCCAUGUAUUGCCAUGUAUUGCCAUGUAUCACCAUGUAUAGCCAUAUAUAGCCAUAUAUUACCAUGUACUGCCAUGUAUUGCCAUGAUGUUAAUACAUCAUUUCAAGAGAGGAUGAUCAUUUUAAAUGCAUUCUUGAUGCACUUUAAAGGGGCUGUGUCACGGCAGUCCAGUUUAUUUUGUUCAAUUUUGCCAAUUACUCGCCCUCAGUUGCUAUGGAACUUAAAGUAAGCAAAGAAAUUACAUGUAAAUGACAAAAUCAGAGACCCGAGACAAACAAAUAUGUCUCCUGAGCAUUAUUCUUGAAGUUGCAAGCAGCAGGGAUCAACUUUGAAAAACUGUUAGGCUAAACAAUUUUCAAAAAUCCUAAUUUCAAUCCGUUUCAGUCUUCUUCAGUUUUGUCCAUCCGUGACAUCUGUUGUUUCUGUUGUGUUAUUUUAACCUUCCUUUAAAGUUUUAAGCGGUUAUUUUUAUGUUUCUCUUAAUUUAAUUUCCUAAUUUGGCUGAAUUUCGUGACACAGCUCCUUUAAUAACCCUACUUAAAGUACCUACCGUCAGCUAGAUACCAUCCUCGGAGGCCCAGGGGCAGUAAGUCUGGCCAGGAGAAAAAAUGCGACGAAAGUUUUCAAGCAUGGGCGGAAGAGCCCCUGGGAACCGACCGGUCGAGCGAAUGCUGGCUCCUGAUUGGGCACAAAAAAUGCUUUGUAUCACGUGCCCAAUCGGCGAACAGCAUCUCCUGAGUUCUUUUCGGAGGACUGAAGCGUUGCAAGGCGCCAUGAAUGUUCGUGUGUAUGUUUAUAGAACAGGUACCUGCAGCAGAAUCAUUAGUUGAGGCAACCAAAGACACAAAUCAGAAUGUUUUUGUAUGUCCAUGUUGCACAGUCUUCUCUUCGUACUGCACGCGAUUAAGGUGGCUGUUAUAGGUCACCGCAACAGGUCUCUACUACGUACAUUGUAUAGGACCCCUUAUUGGGAAUACUAGCUCCUUUACUGGGAAGCGAAUAGAGAGUAUAUGUAUAGUAUUGACAGCAGGUAGUUCAGUUAAGGUAAACUUGUAUUAAUUUAUUCUAUUCCAAUAUAUUACAUUAUACAUGUAUUAUAUUAGGUACUACUUAUUAACCGAGAGCUAGGCCAAUACAGGGAAAUCUCAGACCAAGGCCUUGAUGUAUUGACCUCGCUAUCGCUCGGUCAAUACAUCAAGGCCGAGGUCUGAGAUUUCCCCUUAACGGAAUGAGGUUAAUAAGUUAUCUAUUAUAUUACGCCUUUCAUUAUGGACCUGAGCCUGCGAUCUCUUAAAACCAGUAACUGGUCAGCAAAUAACUUUAAAAAACACGCCACCUCAAUGAGUUAGGCACUUGAGGUUGUGAUACAGUCAAGUGAUACUGGUCAGCGGAUACCCUUUUAACAGCUGUCAAUUGGCCAUAACAUGGAUGUCCAUAAGGAUGUCCAGUAUCAAAUUGAACACAGAUUGUAUUUGCCUUGGACACCUAGCCAGUAAUGCCGGGUUAUUACAAGAAAACGGCCAAUCAGAGCGCACGUACUAUUGUAGCCAUAUAUCAUAUUAUAUUUUAUCAUAUACAUACUGAGAAAUACUCGCCAAAAAGCUAUGUCGUAAAUUUUCGUACGCAAAUUAGUUCUAGCCAAUCACAGGAACGAACGAUUGUUUUCACACGUGAAAAAAAUGAUACAUCCAAUCAGAAUUGCAAACGAUGUUUCUUCACGUGUGAGAAAAAUGAUACGUCCAAUCAGAAGCCACAGAGGUGUUUGAGUUUCGCGCCAAAAUUCCAGCCUUUUAUUGCAGCUUGCAGCGCCGCUUCGCACACAUUCAACCAGAAAAGUUUUACUCAAAGAGUUUUUCUCGCUAAAAAAGUGAAAAACAUUUCGGAAAUGGAGUGGGAUAGUUUCGUUUGUUUCACUGUCGAUAAAGAAAACGGUAGAGAACCGGCGAAACAACAGCGGAAAGGGAUAAACAGAACAAGACGUAAGCUUUUGUUGUGCUUUUUGUCGGAGCUACUUUGCCUUUCAUUUAAGCUUAAGCUUAUAUUGAAACCGGCCAUUUUACUUAAAUUCACGCAUUUUCAAUUGUGCAUUGAGAACAAACAGUUAAGAUUACUUAUAGUUCUUGGAUUACCUCGUAUCCUCACCGUCAUUUAUGUUUUUAACAAACGUUUCUACUAAAAAGCUGAUACUUCGUUUUCGUUGUCAUUUUCGGUAAGUGUGUAGCGGCAUAUUUUAGCAUUUUUGAAAGAUUUAAUAUAAAAAGGCCGCCAAAAUGAUGAAUGUCUCAGUAUGUAUAUAAUAAACACAAUACCACAUGGAAAGUGCUGGCGUACAGUAUUUACGCACUCAUUGUUUUUGUAUCAGAAAUCUUACUCGUUCGCUGCGCUCACUCGUUCGAUUUCUGAUACUUCAACAACUCGUGCGUAAAUACCGUACCACAGCACUUUCCAUGAAGUAUUCUCUAUAUAUUACGUUAUGUUAUUAUAUGGCUACAAUAGUACGCGCGCUCUGAUUGGCUGUUUUCUUGUAAUGUCCGGGCAUUACUGGCUAGGUGUCUAAGGCAUAUACAAUCUGUCUUUAACUUGAUGGUGGACGUACUUAUGGCAAGAGAGAAUGAGCUAGAUCAUUCUCUCUUGCUUAUGGACAUCCAUGUUAUAGUCGUGAUUGACAGCUGUCAAAAAAUGUAUCCGCUGACCAGUGUCACCUGACUGUAUCGCGGGCUCAAGUGUACAACUCAUUUACAUCAAAGCCUCAGUCUGAGAUGUCCCUGUAAUGACCUCACUCUCUGUUAUUAAGUAGUAUAUAAUUUAGCAACUCAACAAUAACGUUUAAAGUAAGAAUUCCCUUUCCAUAGCAACUUCUUGGAGGUUUUCACUCCAUAGGAUAUCUUACAAGGUAAGAUAUUUCAUUUAGAACUCAAUUUGCUAGCUAACAUUAUUUCUUUUUUUCUUUCGAAAUUACCCUAGAGUUGUACGUUUAGAAAGUUAUCGUCAAAAACCAGUCUUAGAGUCUACUGGAGUGGAGGACUUCGUAUCAAAAAGUGCAGCAAUUGCUGCAAGCGUUGGUAUUUCACUUUUAAUGGCAACGAGUGUUCUACUCCUGAUCCUAUCGACGGUCUAGUCUACAUGCUUUCAGGUGCCACGUUAAACCCGUUCCGUGUUCGCCAUAUUGAAGGAGUCUGCAAUGCACUCCCCGCCGGGAUUGUAGAGGUCGGCUUUCAUGUUGGCUAUUGCAGGGAUUACUCAUAUAAUGCUGAUGCACACUCAGGAUGGAAUUCAGUAUCUCGGAUUUACGUGGAAGAAAUCCCGCCACCACAGCAAUAG